AUGUCCGGACUCGCGUCACUGACGCCAUUUCCGGCCAACACGUACAUGGGCCGGUACGGCAUGGGUCUGAUGCAUUUUCCGCCGUUUGGAGAGCGUCAGCCGUCCGCCCCGCCGGCGCCGCACUUGGCGGAUAUGCGCCUGGCGAUAGAACGCUUUUACAAGGGCGACUUUGUGUCGCUGCUUGUCCAGGAACGACCUGUCUAUGUAUCCGAUCCGGGCCUGCACCGACGCUGGGAACUGACGGAACAUGAGCUCAUCAUCCUGCUGGUGGUGUGCAUUACGUGCACAGCUCUGGCCUACAUGGUAGGCGAGCGCCUGCUUCUCCGUGCCGGGCUUCUUGCACAUGCGCCCGUCUUUAGCAAGGACGAAUUCGCGCACACAUACGACGCGACCGUGGCGCAGUACGACGCAUGGCUCAGCUCCGCUCCUCACUCGCAUGGCUGGCUGACACCGCUGCGGAGCCAGGUAGCGGCGUACGUCCACGCGACCUACCUGCAUCUGCGAGCGCGCAUCGCGCAUGCUCUGCGGCGACGCACACCAACACACUCUCAACGCGUAUAA